AUGGUGAAAGAGGGGAAGAGGUGGUUCGUUCGUUGUGCUUUCAUAGAUGCUUCUAGGUGUUGCUCAAAAUUCCAUGUUCACGACUCGAAAAAGUGGAGGCCUAUCUCUUUGUCCAUGGAAAUGGAAAGCACAUGGGUUUUGGGGAGUCCCCAAUGUGGGAUUUUGAGCUAUUUUUAUUUUGUCUGAAUUCUCUAUCUUUUAUUCAAGGUGCCCAGGACAGGGAAGAAUGAAGGACACAAAGGACACUCCAAGGAUCUCAACGUUCAUCUACGUCAGUGUUCUUGGUGUUCUUGGUGCAGGGUAUAGUUAUACUGAGUCAAAGCCUCUGUUCAAGUAAAAACCAAUGACCUAGUCCAGAGGAAGAGCAUCCUAUAUUGGAUUUUGGUUCAGUGGCACUCAGUGAGAGCUGGUUUUUUAGUCGUUUUGCUCCUCUGAUAUUCGACCAAUUUGUUAAAAAAUCAUCAUUGAAGACACCCACAAAAUACCCAUCUUUAGUCCUGUCUAAUCAGGCUUAUGCUUGAGCACACCCAUAAAGUAGAUUUUGUCUCAAUCUGGGUCUUCAGGUGUCUUUGUUCAGUUGGUAUUUGAUGAAUUUGCUUCAAAAUCACUCUCUAAAAGACCCCCAAAACGCCCAUCUUUAAGCCCUUCCUUGGUAGCAUUCUGUUCGAGCGCACCCUUAAAUAAAUACGGUUCAAUGGUUUUGAAUCAGGACUUGGUUUUUCUUCCCUUUUUAGUUGGUAUUUGAUCAAUUUUUCUUAAAAACUGUUCACUCAGAGACCCACAAGAUUCCCAUCUUAGGCUCUUCGUUGAUAUCCUUCUGUUCAAUAAGAUCUGGUGAAGUUUUACAAUUGAAGACAUUGGUUUUCUAGUUGAGAGGUUCUGUGAAUUUGCGUAUGGUGUUACUUUCUUAGUUGGCACGACCUUCCAAGCUCCGAACAUUAGCCCCUUCUGUGUUAAUACACUAUGUAAGAUUCUGCUGUAUAUCCUACUCUGUGACCUACUUUCCAAUUUCGCUUGAAAACCUUCGUAUUUAGCUGAUUUCAUCUGCUAUUUUUUCAAAUUUUGAUUGUGGGACAUUGACACAAGUCCAUCUGUGUCUAAGUACAAUGUUCCAUAUCCAUAUCUGUUUUAAACCCUAUUAGUUCUAAAAACUGCUUUAAACAAUUGACUGUCUCAGAAAUUUGUCUACUUUAUAGUUUAUUGUGAAAGAGUGGUUUACUUUUUUUUGGAUUCGUGUAUCCUCAUAACUGCUGGAAAGAAUAAUUUUGUAGCCGUACCCAAGAGCCCGGUUUAUAGAACACAUGUACAGAGAGUCCUUACCUCUCUAAAGCAGAUUCCCAAAGCCAAAGGAGUAGGGAAGUACUUAGAAGCAUGCAAGGAAUCUAUUUGCACAUGCCCACUAACCCAUGUUUAUUGACUUCCAAAUUGGCUAGCCAUUUAUGAUUUACAUUUGUGGUAUCUUUUGGGGGCAUAGAAUGCCCUGUAUCUAGGUAUAAUGUCCCAUUCACAAAUGGUUUCAGAGGAAGAGACAAGAAUAGCAAGAAUCGAGCCUGUAAAAGCUACUAGAGUUCUUCCAGAAGGCAAUAAAUCUGUUGGUCUGUACACAGAGCAGGAAGCUGUUCAGAGUCCGAGAUCAAUGCAGAGCCCUACUUAUAAUCUCCAAGUGGAGGAGAAAUGGCUAAUUGAUCCUAAACUUCUCUUUGUAGGGCCAAAAAUUGGAGAAGGUGCUCAUGCAAAAGUAUACGAGGGAAAGUACAAAGACAAGACUGUUGCUAUAAAGAUAAUACAGCCUGGCGAUAGCCCCGAAGAAAUGGCCAAACGAGAGGGACGAUUCACAAGAGAGGUUGCUUUGUUGUCAAAAGUGCAGCAUAAGAAUUUAGUCAAGUUUAUUGGGGCCUGCAAGGAUUCAGUAAUGGUGUUAGUAACAGAACUGCUGUUCGGUGGUUCUCUGAGGAAAUACAUGAUGAACUUGCGACCAAAGCAAUUAGAUUUGCAUCUUGCUCUCACCUUUGCACUGGACAUUGCUCGGGUGAUGGAGUGCUUACAUUUAAAUGGAAUAAUUCACCGUGAUCUAAAACCGGAUAAUCUUUUGCUGACAGCUGAUCAAAAGAAAGUAAAGCUUUCAGAUUUUGGACUGGCAAGAGAGGAAACUUUAACUGAAAUGAUGACUGCAGAGACUGGAACUUACCGGUGGAUGGCUCCUGAGUUGUAUAGUACAGUAACACUAAGAAGGGGAGAGAAAAAGCAUUAUGAUAACAAAGUAGAUGUCUACAGUUUUUCUAUAGUCUUGUGGGAGCUACUGACCAACCGUAUGCCAUUUGAAGGCAUGUCCCAUCUGCAAGCAGCAUAUGCUGCUGCUUUCAAGAAUGCAAGGCCAAGUGUAGAGAAUCUACCAGAAGAGUUGGUCUUCAUUUUGCAGAGCUGCUGGGCUGAGGACCCAAAUCUCCGGCCUACCUUCACUCAGAUAGUGCGGAUGCUUAACAAAUUUCUUUUAUCUCUCCCAGCACCAGCAAAUACUCCACCACAACAGAUUGUUGCAUCAAAAGACAACCACUCUCCUAUGGACUCUCCAGCUACAAAUUUGUUUGAGGAGAAGAGCCAACAGGGAGAAGGUACAAAUACAAAGCCAGAGAACAAAUCCCGAGGAUUGCUCCUAUGUAUUAGUCAGUGUUUCUUGUCAGGAAAUUGAGACAAUCUUGUUUAGAGAAGCUGCUCUGUCUCACACUUCCUCAUAAGCCUACUUGCACUGUAUGGCAUGCAAAGCUGUAGGUAAAUCUACAUUAUGCACUAAUGAUUUCAGAUGUAGUAUGUAGUUGUACAUUUAACAGUUCUCCAAAAGUAGCUUUGACUGGUGAUGUGAAAAGUCACUUUAUGGUUUAGCUAAUGCAAACCAUUGUAUACUAGAUAUGGUCUUAUACUUGUUCCAUAAAUCGUUACCAAACCCUCCAAUCAUCUGAAAAGUGAAUCUAUGCCAUCUUCAAAUUGGAGUAUAAGAUAUAGAUACUAUCUUUGUUAGAUAGAUAUGUAACAUGAUUGAUACAAAUUACAAAAUGGUAUUGAUGAAAAUAUGAAAUGCCAACUAAUUAUUAUGA